AACAAUGAAAGAGCCCACUUUGUGCGCGCGGAGGAGCUGGUGGAACUGGUGACAUUUUCGCAAGUGGGCUGCGGACGGCCCGGCAGCAGUGGAAUGCCUUCAAUACCAUACGGCCAUUCCAGCUGAGGGACAAGCUCAUCAAAAUGACUGUGGAUGCAUCUGCGGUGUCCUGGAUCUAGCAGGCAGACCACGGCUUGUCAGGCUUCAGGACUGUGUCUCUAACGUGGUGGAGAGGAGCAAGGGUACACCGCAGGGUACAGGGUGGAAGACUAUGAGGAAAGAGAGAUUUAUGUAACACUUCAACACCUGGAAGAAGGAAAGCUGCGUGUCUUCAUGUCUGAUUGACAGACAGACUAAAUCCAGCAAGAAAGAAUAAUGACUUGUCAAAAAACUUCAUACUGACCAAUGGAUUUGUAUGUCAGCUUUGGAGAGACAUAUUUGUAUGGGAAAAAAAAGUGUUAUUGAAUGCUUAUUUUAAAGCAAUCUUUCUUCUACAUCAGUUGUAUAGUUUUUAAAUAUAUAAUUACAUCCUGGACACCCAAGAUCCCCAAAAUGGGGUGCUUCACAUUACAAUUUUUGCUGCUGUUCUAAACACGCGUGAGCAGUGAAUAUGUCAUGGACUUUCUGGCAGAUGGAAAAACUCUCAAUCACGCAUUCAGUUAGUGCUCUGCUGCGGCAUUGAAACUCACAAAAUGUUUGUCUUGAAGCGUAGGAAAAGCCGAAUCUUUGCUGUGUUGCUGUUCAUCGUCACACUCGCUACACUCUUUUUCAUGUACGUUUGUCAUGUUCCAUGGCUGUACUUUUUCAAAUUUCUAUUUUCCCCCAAAAGAACGUGUGCCUGUGGCGAGUGUCUCGCCGAUAAGUAUGACAACUGGUUUAGUGAGCGUUUCAACCAAUCCAUAUCACCAGUGCUGUCUGAGAAAAAUAUCCUGCUUUCUGAAGAUACCUACAGGUGGUGGCUGCAGCUCCAGUCAGAAACAGAUCCAGCCAACUUCAGCAUGGUGGUGAAGACACUAUUUCAGAUCAUCCCCAAUGUCCAGUGGUACAUGGACCUGGGACCCCUCCGCUGUAGAACCUGCGCUGUAGUAGGCAACUCGGGGAACCUCAAAAGAUCAAAUUAUGGCACUCUCAUCGACUCAAAUGAUUUCAUCAUAAGGAUGAACGAGGCUCCCACCAUCGGCUUUGAGAAGGACGUCGGCAGAAGAACCACACAUCACCUCAUGUACCCCGAAAGCGCCAGACAUUUGGAGAACACCACAAACCUGAUACUGAUCCCCUUUAAGACCCUGGAUCUACAGUGGAUCGCAAGUGCGUUAACUACAGGCACCAUCAAGCAGACAUAUAUGCCUGUUUUGCCCAGGAUAACAGCCAACAGGGACAAGGUGUUAAUAUACAGCCCUACCUUCCUGAAAUAUGUCUACAAUAACUGGCUGGAGAACCAUGGGAGAUAUCCCUCCACUGGCUUCCUUGCCUUAAUGUUUGCCAUUCAUAUAUGUGACCAAGUGAGUGUUUUUGGAUUUGGAGCCGACAAAGAAGGGAACUGGGACCACUACUGGGAAAAAAACUACUUUGCCGAUGCCUUUCGGCAAACGGGAGUGCAUGAUGGGAACUUUGAGUACAAUAUCACCAUGCUUUUGGUUGACAAACACAAAGUCAAGUUUUUUAAGGGAAGAUGACACCUUAACUAACCACAUGGACCACUGACUGACCUUAAUGUGCUUUCAACAUUUCAAGCUGAUGCAAUCUAUCAAAACUGACAUUUCCACUAUAAGUACAUCUUCUCAUAGGUUUUUACUCAGCAUAAAAUAAGAUGAAAAUGCAUUGUUUGUAUGGAGUUAAAAAGUAACACAGCCUUAAAUUGUGUCACCCUCAUAGAAGUAGAAUGGACUGUUUAAUUCGGCCUUUCUGAAUGAGAAUGAACCUCAUGACCCUCUGUUCCUACUGCUUCCAACUGAACUGUAAUACAAUCAUCUAGUGGGCCUGUUUAGAGUCUUGAGAACGAAAUAAUGGAAAGAUCAUUGAAUUGUGGUUAUUAACUUUCUCAUCAUAACAGGUGGAAAAAAGGAAUUACGAGUGAAAA